AUGACGCCACUGUUCAACAAUGUGUCAAAGCCCCCACACCCGCUCUUCUUGUACGUUUGGGUCCAAAUGCAGGCAAUGAGCGAUGUACGAGUGCCGAACGAAAUCAUAAAUGUUUUGCACAGGCUGAUCCUACAAUGCUGCGUUGAUUGUACGUCGUGUGCGUUCGCCUACUUUCACAGAUACCGCAUCUGCUCCACCUAUCCGCGCUUCCUACAACACUACCCGUCCUUCUCCAUGUGGCUGUUUUGCGAGAAGCAGCUCGCAUCGAUGAGACUUCCAUCGUCCCCGAUUUGCCUCCGGGUCACAUCACAGGCGAGCUAC